AACAAGCCAAAACGCCAUGUUUAUACUGUAGGUGGUGUAUUGUGUUGCGGGUUACGUUUACGUGUUGUUCAUUAGUUUUUCGCGUUAGAAUGUUUGCUUUAUUUAUUUACGUAGCGUGAAACGUGAAUAGAGAAUCUUAUCGCGUGCAUCUGACUAAUGCGACGUGAGACGCAGCGUCAAAGUAGCGCUGCCGCGCAAAUCCCUCGGUGUAAACGCACGUAACAGAACUGCGAGAGACUCGCGCAAUCUUCCUCGUGAGUGUGCUCCGUCGUGUUUUUGCAUAAACUUUUUUUAUACCAAUACACCCGCGUGGCUGUCUCAGACACAAAGUGCGUGCAAUUUAUUUCCAGUAGCACGCUUCGGCUCCCGCGAGUGAACGCAUUGUUGCUAGCGUGGUGUAUUUGUGCAUUUUAUAACCUGAUCACGACCGAAGUAUACUUCGUCUUCUCUCGUACUUUAUUUAACAUGCCGUUGUAUCUUUGACGAAAACAUUUAUCAAGCGGUAAGAUACUUCCGCGUCGUCUAGCCCCUUUUUGUUUUCGCACUCCAUUUGUUCUCCCAUUUGUUGUACCAACAUCGCUGACGCAUCGAGCUUUGUUUAGAUCGAAUUGUUCAUAUAACACUACCUUAUUCGACUAAGUUUUAUACAUAACAACUAUAAUGUGGCAGACGCAAAGUAAUAGUUCAACUCCCAAUUCUAUAUCAAAUGAAAAGAACAACUUGCGUACUUUAGGUAUGACAUCUGCUAUUAGUAUAGCAGAACCUAAACCUAUUGAUAUUACCAGAACCAACGAAUUGAAAGAAGCUUUAAAACCCUACAAUGUUUUUGAAUCGGAAGAAGAGUUGAAUCACAGGAUGGAAAUUUUGAGUAAAUUAAACGCAUUGGUUAAACAAUGGAUUAGAAAUACAAGUAUUGCUAGAAAUAUGCCACCAAAUGUGGCAGACCAAGUUGGUGGUAAAAUAUAUACAUUUGGAUCAUACAGAUUAGGUGUCCACCAUAAAGGUGCUGAUAUUGAUGCUUUGUGUGUGGCUCCCCGUCAUAUAUACAGAUCCGAUUACUUUACAUCGUUUUUUGAAUUGUUGAAAAUGCAGAAAGAAGUUACGGAUUUGAGGGCGGUAGAAGAGGCUUUUGUACCAGUCAUAAAAAUGAAUUUUGAUGGUAUAGAAAUUGACAUGCUAUUUGCAAAGUUAACACUCAAGGAAAUUCCAGAUUCAAUGGAUCUCAGAGACGAUAUGUUGUUAAAAAAUCUUGAUCAGAAAUGUGUUCGAAGUCUCAAUGGAUGUCGAGUAACGGAUGAAAUAUUGCGUUUAGUACCUAAUAUAGAGAAUUUCAGAUUAGCUCUUAGGGCUAUAAAGUUAUGGGCCAAAAGACAUGGUAUAUACAGCAAUGUCUUGGGUUAUCUUGGUGGUGUAUCGUGGGCAAUGUUGGUUGCGCGAACUUGCCAGCUUUAUCCCAAUGCAGUAGCUGCUACACUAAUAGAAAAAUUUUUUCUCGUAUUUUCUCAAUGGAAAUGGCCACAACCAGUACUUUUAAAACAACCCGAUAAUGUUAAUCUGGGUUAUCCAGUUUGGGAUCCAAGAGUAAAUGUAUCAGACAGAUAUCAUUUGAUGCCAAUAAUUACACCAGCAUAUCCUCAACAGAAUUCUACUUUUAAUGUGUCCGUGUCGACUAGAACAAUUAUGCAAGAAGCAUUCGAAAACGGACUAGCUAUAACAGAAGAGAUUAUUAUGGGUAAAGCAACGUGGGACAAGUUGUUUGAACCACCCAAUUUUUUCGGAAAAUACAAGCAUUAUAUUGUACUGUUAGCUAAAAGUUUAAGCGCAGAAGAUCAACUUGAAUGGUGCGGCCUUGUCGAGUCAAAAAUACGACACUUAAUAGGUACGUUAGAAAGAAAUCCUCAUAUUGUCCUGGCGCACGUUAAUCCGGAAGCGUUUCCACCGUUGGAACCUGAACUGGGCAAACACUGUUCUAUGUGGUUCAUUGGCCUAGCGUUUGCUAGAAGUGAAAGUCUCAAUAUUGAUCUCACAUUCGAUAUUAAAUCCUUUGUGGAUACAAUUGAAAGACAAGCUGAACAAAUAAACAUGAUGAAAAUAGGAAUGCAAGUUGAAGCUAAACAUGUAAAAAGGAAGGACUUGCAUACUUUUGUUCCUCCAAAUUUGCUUAAACGAGAAAAGAAGUGUAAAAACAAUUUGCAGACUUCUAGUACCAUUCAUCGAAACGGAAGCAUCGGGAACAGCGGUAGCGUGUCGCCGCGGAAUCCAAAGGAAAGUGAUGGCGGAAUUACAAAUGUGAACAGAAAAAGGUUAUCAGAUGAUCAGCUCGAGCCGAAUGGAAAGAAACGCCGAAUGAAUGAGAACGCAGAGGAGCAACCGGAAAAUACGUUCACAGAGAACACAGAAGAUAGCAAUUCUGGUUACAUGGAUGAAUAUAAACCGAACUUGCCGGUUAAGAAAGAAGUAAGACAUAGUUGCAACAAAGACGUAAGAUUUAUACAUACUACACAUAAAAAAUAUUUUGUAGAAAGAAAUCAAAAUAUUUCUUAAAAAAGUAAAGUAAAUAAAGUAAGUAUGACAAUGUGUUUAUAAAAGUCACAAGUAAAAGGUUUAAAUUUGUCAAAAAAAUGAUUAAAUAUCAGAAAAUAAUCUCGUAAUUAAAGUAAGUAUGACAAUGUGUUUAUAAAAGUUAUAAAUAAAGGAUUUAAAUUUGUUAAAAACUUUAAUCAAUUUAAUGUUUUUAAUUUUUUAAAUUAAUUUUUGUGAUUAAGUAUCAAAAUAAUUGAAUAUCAAAUUUUUGACAAACAAAACUGCCAUUGAAAUACGUCCAUCAUCUCUUUGCGAUUAUAAUACGCUUUAUCUCACCACGAUUCGUACCGUUAAUGUAGGAAGCACCUACAAGUGCAUCUACACUGGCACAGGAAGGAUUCGUAUGCACUUGACCGCUGCGAGAUUACUAUCUCACUCCAAUCCACAGAUGUUCUUCUGGGCCAUUUAGACUGUAAAUCACAACCAUCCAUUGCCCGCUGUCCUUCGUUUCGUAAAAGCAGAUCAGCGUUAUGCAGCCGAGAAAGCUGCCUGAUCGAUGAGCAACGAUCAGACAGCUUCCUUCAAUGGAAGAAGAGGAAGAAGAAUGAAAAAAAGAGAGAAAAAGACGACGAUGACGAAGAAGCAGCAGUUGAAUUGUUUGUUGUGCGUAUGUGUGUCACGUCUCACAAAGACGAGCAGACAAUCUUGAUGACACUGGACGUAAACCGGAGUCAACGUGUAUACCGUAUGUCUGAUUUUACCGUCGGAAACCGCAACCACGUGACACACACACACACACGCACACACACACACAUACACACACACACACACACACACACACA